GCAACACACAGUCUACUGUCACUUCACGAACGAGUACAGUAUUUCUGUAAUAUUUUGCUGGACGGCUCAAUAAAAUGUGGUACGAAAUUCUGCCUAGUUUCUGCAUUAUUACAGCAGCCCUGGGCUUGCCUGGUUGGGGCUUAUAUCAUUGCCACAACCUUAUCUUAGGCAACCAUUUCAGGCGCUCUUUACUUGAUAGGUGGGACCGCCAUACUUACCAACGUGAUAUGCGGCUAACUGGCAACCCCUACAAAGUAAAUGGGCUUGAUGAUAUUCCAGAUAAAUAAAGACAGAAGAAAGUCCACGGUGUUGCUUGUAGUGUAAAAUACAUAAAUUAUGGUAAAUAAAGAUCAUUUUUAAGUUG